AUGAGUGUCCAGGCUGACGAAAAACGUUACCCGUGUGAGUAUUGUUUAAAGACAUUUUCUCAAAAUUCAAAUUUAAAGACACAUCAGAGAGUCCAUACUGGCGAAAAACCAUUUUCAUGUGACAUUUGUUCAAAGAGAUUUUCCCAAUUUUCAAGCUUAAAGAGACACGUGAAAAGUCAUUCCGGCGAGAAACCGUUUUUAUGUGACAUUUGCUCAAAGACCUUUACUGAAUAUUCAAGCGAAAAACGCUUUUCAUGUGACAUUUGCUCAAAGACAUUUUCUUUCGCUUGCAAUUUAAAAACUCAUUUGAGGAUCCACACAGGCGAAAAGCCUUAUUCGUGCGACUACUGUUCAAAACAGUUUUAUGACUGUUCAAAUUUCAGAGUACAUUUGAGACUCCACGCCGGAGUGAAACCUUCUGCAUGUGAAUCAAAAUCAGAAACGUUUCUGGAAGAUCAUGAUGAUCAACCACAAUGUGCUUAG